AUCUUAGCAGCUAUUUAGACCCCUUAUCUCCUUGCCAAAGUAAUCUCGAAAGUAAUUGAAUAGUCGAUUUUAUCGAUCGAACCUCAAUACAUACGGUUAGCAUAAAUAAUACAAAUCGUCCCAAAUAAAAAAACUAGAAAAAUUUCCUACGUAAUCCAUCCUGUAUAUCAAAAGUGAAAUGCGUCAAAAACAGUGGAUAUUAAUUUUUCUCUAAAUUCUGUAUCUUCAUGCAAGAUGAAAAAUAUGGAUAAAACCAAAAAGGCACCUCUUCGUGUUCUGAAUUUCUGCGGCAGCUCCGAAACGCGGUCAUCUUAAUAAAUCAUGCACAUUAGAAUUUACCAUUCAUGCCCACUAAGAAUUCCGAAUCCGUCAAAGCCACGUGGGCAGUUCUUCCCGUGUCGCAUUAAAUUCCUAAGAGAAGCAUGAAAAAAUCGUAAAGGUGUCGGUUUAAUUUCCGGCCGGGUUUCUGGGGCAGGUCUGGAAAGUGGUCGUCCUUAGGUCAUAGGAGGACAGUGGCCAAGUAACAAUCGAUUUCACUCGGCCAUCGAGACCACUAGAAGUGCGCAUAUUGUGCAGGUCUUAACGCGGUCUGCCAAGUUUGCGAAACCUUGAUACUUUUAUCGGUAAUGUCGCCGGGUGGAAGGCGGGGCAACCGACUGUGCCCUACUGUAACUGGCUUACGGUAACCGGCGGCGCUUUGGCGAACGUUUCUUGCCGGUUCGGUUUCAGUUUCUUUUCGACGCCGAGUCGUGCGUCUCACGCUGCCAAAGCGCUGCCGAUACCGACACUUCUCCGACAUCCGCCGAGCCGUCUUUCCGGCAGAUCGAGGUCCAGAGAGGCUGGAAGAUAUUCCUAGAGAGCACCACGCCUUUGUCUCGGCUGUUUCCUCGUGACCCAGAUCGUGAAUCAUCAUGAGCAUAGCACUCUAUUUCCUCGCUGCGGUCCUCAUCGUCUCGGGUGCAUCGGGGGAACCUGAAGCCGAAGAACUGGUCGGCAUAGUGACUCUACGUCCUCAAGAUGCCGCGACGAAUAAUGUCACCGGCGAGAUUAAAUUCAUCCAAAGCAAGAAGAACGGUCCAGUCAAUGUAGUGGGAACCAUCCGUGGUUUGGCAGAAGGUCAACAUGGCUUCCACGUGCACGAAAAAGGAGACCUCAGAGAUGGCUGCACCUCUGCUGGGGCACACUUCAACCCUAAGAACCAAUCCCAUGGCGCCCCAGAAGACGAGGUGAGGCACGUGGGUGACCUCGGGAACGUGAUCGCGAACAGCGAUGGCGUCGCCAACGUGAACAUCACGGAUAACAUCAUUUCCCUUUGUGGACCCCACAACAUCCUCGGCCGAGCCCUAGUAGUCCAUAGUCAGGUUGAUGAUCUGGGCAAGGGGAACCACACAUUGUCCUUGACGACCGGGAACGCAGGAUCGAGAGUGGCCUGUGGCGUCAUCGGCGUCCUGUCACCCACCGGAAGUUGGUCUAGCAGCGGUGCAUCCGACCUGUCAUCCGUGACUGUCAUCCUGACGACAGUCCUUGCAGCUGCACUGCACCAUAAGUGGGAGCAUUAGAAGAAAUUCACCAUUCUAUCUUUGCAACUGACGUCACUCUUCGUUUCGGUGCACCCGAGGCUCUCGGAAUGCGCAUUACGUACUUACUGUAUUUUAUUAUAUUUAUAAUGUACUACACAAUUUGUUAGGAAUUAAGGAGUCUAGGUGUCGUAUUUAUUGGACGUUCGAGAACGGCGAUGUACUUUGCGAAAAGUGAUAGGGAAUAUCUGGUUUCGAUUUAUUUCUAUGCAGGGGAAGAUCUGAAUAACGUAAAUAAUGUCAUUAAUUUUUCGUAAACUAGGUGGAGAUUAAUGGAAUUUUUCUACAGUAGCGGAAUUGACGUUGACACGAUUGUAAAGUAGAGAGUAACGAAAUUAGGGUGUUAAUUAGUUACGUCAAGGUGUGAUUAGGUGUAUUAUCAUUAACUGUCGGAUUGCAUGUCGUGCGACCACUUUGAAAGAGCAAUUGUGUUAAAUUAUUGACCAGGGAAAUGAUAACAAUUGUUGUAUGACGCUUUAUUUGGCUUUAGUGCUAGUAUAAAGUUUUUCAACGCCGUUCAGUAACUUUGAUUUAAAUGUCAAUGCAUCGAUGCGUACAUCGAAAUUGUUUAUAAACUUGCGUGGCAGAAAUGGCUCGAUACAGUCAGUAUUAUGUGUCAUUUGUUCUUAGCGAUAAGUAAUUUAAAUUUGGGAAGAGAGUAUCCAAGAUUUCG